AUGUAUAAUGCAUACUUUACCAAUGCAUUAUACGCAGUGGGGAUUGUGACUAGUAGUUUCAUGGACGAGCUAUCUCUCAGUUCACAAGAGUGCAUGUAUCAAAACAAUAGCUCCCCUUUUUCCACAAUAUAUUCUCUGUUCGACUACCCAAGGCUCAUCUCCAAAGUCACGGCUUCCUCGGAAGUCCAAGUGGUUGUGUUUGUCAUACAGCUAUGGUUGGGUGAUGGGUUCAUGAUUGUUCCCAUUGUAGGCAUUGCAUUCUCGCUCAUCGUCAUCCGGAUGGGCCUGGGAAUCACCACGGAGAUGCACUUGCGGGAACAGGACAACAAAGGGACUAUCACAAGAGGUAGCAGGCACGAUCCUGCUGCUACAAACGCCAUUAUGCUACUUGCACAGGGCUCAUCAACCAACACCGAAGCUCCAGAGGCUCUUUAUAAUUCUUCUUCGCCCAUCGUAUCGGUUUCCAAGCUCGCGACCAUCAUCUCAGAGGACACCGACCUCCAUCUGGCACCAUCACACGGCGCCGAGAAAGAAGUCAAGUAUCGUAUCGUGAAGAGAGGGGAUUGCGAACAGAAGAAGCAGCGUAAAGCCGAAAUCGUGGUACCCGAAUCCAUGUCGGACCGGGUGCAGGCAAAGAGACCGGCCGAGGGUACGAGCAUGAUGGGUGAUGUGGCAGCGACGAAGACGGAGCCAGAGCGGAAGCGAAUGCAGGCGACGGGGAAGAAGCGGAGUAGAACGAACGAAGUGUCGAUGGAUGUCCGCCAUGGUGGUUUUUGGUGUCGGAAAAUAUACAGUCAGGGCGAGAAGUGA